AUGUCAGUUGUUGAAAGAGAAAUUAAAACCGAAUUAAUAGAAGAAUCAAUCCCAGAAUCACCAAAUGAAGAAUCAACCCGAAAUGGAGACAUUGACGACGACAACAACGACGACGUCGAUGACGACGAUUUCAAUCAUCCAGGAGAAAUCACCGGUCGAGAAUCACCAUUAACAGAUAUAGCCACCUCUCCUCCACCCUUUGAAUUAUCCCUCCGAGAAACUGAUCUUCAUAGUGACGAAGAUAUUCAUCCGUCGAAAAUUGAUGAUUUGGAUGAUGAAUCAGGUUCAAGUACACAUAAUAUCUCCCCCAUAAAUGAUGAUGAAUUAAAGACGAAUGGAAGAAAGGGGGACAGUUAUGAAAGUUCCGAAUUAAGUGAUUUAGGUGAUGAUGAUUCUGAAGCUGAAACUGAUAAAAUGGAUUUUUUGGAUGAUAAUGAUAGUGAUGAUUCUGUGAAUCAAAAAGUAUCUGAUUUAAAAACAUUAUCGAAAUUAACUGAAUUGGCAAGAUUAAGAGAUGUGGAUUCUGAUUUUGAUGAAGAUGAUCGCCUAGAUGAUAAUAUUGAAGUCAAAGAUGAAGAAGAUCCUGUUGAAACAAAAGAUGAAGAUAACAAGCUGGAGAUUGAAGUGGGUAAACGGCCAGCAGAAGAGGAUGAAGAUGAGAGUUUAGGGAAUGAGAUAAAAAGAAGAAAGAGUAAUCCCGAAGAACUUUCUAAUAACGAGUCAGAUCCAGUUGAAAAGAGUACUGAGGCUAACCCUACUAAAGACAGUAAUUCUCCCGAUGGAGAAGUUAAGACAGAAGAAAAGGAAACGAUGACUUCUAAAGAAGAAGAUAAUGAGAACACCUCCCAAGAGCAAAUUCAAGAGACCGUUACUACGAAAGACCAGAUAAAUAUCGAUAAUAUUGAAGAUGACAACGAGGCUGAAGCAGAAGAUGAAGACAAUGCGGAGGAGGAAGAAGAUGAAGGAACAAAACCAGAUGAAUCCAGUAUAGACGGAGAAAAUGAGGACCAUUCACCACAAAAUGAAGAAAAAGUUGAAGUUGAAGAGGAAGAAGUAGACACUGUUGAUCUUAAUGAACAAAGAAAAUUGGCAAUUCAAGAAUUAAUCUCUAUUGAAUCAAAAUUUGCAGAAUUGCGAGAUAAAUUAUAUCAAGAUAAAUUGUCAAUAUUAGAACGUGAAUUACAAUUAUGUCUAGAAGGAUCACAUCCUGAAUUAUCUAAAAUAUAUUACAAAAUAAAUGGAUUCUAUCAAGACAGUUUGAAAUUGGCAAAUUCAAAUCUUGCAUACAAAUUGAAAUGUAUUGACAAAGAAACAAUGGCAGCCCGUACAUCAAUCCAUCAAGAUUUCUUAAAGAAUGUAAUGGAAUUAAAGAAUUCUAUGAUCACAGAAACAACUUCAUUAUGGUAUAAAAUAAAUAAAGAAAGAAAUCAAUUAGAUCAAUUAGUAUCUGAUUUCAAUUUUACCGCCAUACCCACAAUUCCAAAUGUGGCAGCAGGAUCACUGGAUGAAUCUUCUGCUACUACCUCUUAUCAAUAUCUGGAUGGAGUAUAUGAAAACACUCAAUUAUCCAAAAAAGCCAUCAAACAAAACACUUUAAUCGAAUUAGUUCAACAACGUAAUAAUGUGAAUCAUCAAAUAGGUAUUUUGAAUGGAUUGGUACAGUUUCAUGGAUUUCCAGCCGCAAUUAAUGCUACAUUGUCUGAAGAUUCAUCAUUUCUUCCGGAUGAACUUUUGUUGAAGAAAGCUACUGAUGAUGAAAUAAAAGAUGAUUUAAAAGCUAUGGGGAUUCAAAUAUAG